GCGCGCGGGCGUCGGGGAGGGCCGUGCCCGGGGAGGCCUCCCCCUUGGACCGGUUGCCAUGGCCACGCGGCACUGGCGCCGGAGCUGUCCGCCGAGGUUGUCUCGCCUCCCGCUCGGCGCUGCGGGGCCGGGGAGCCGCUCGGGACUUCGCCUGCAGCGCCGCCGCCCUGCUCGGGAGCCCGUGCGCGGAGGUGCCGGGGCUGCGCGCUACCCUUCGGCGGGCUGCUGCAGCCCCCCAGGCUGGGCGAUGAAGGGCCCCCUCCUGCCCGUGGGCAGAGACCGCAGGAUCUCCGACUUCCCCAAGUGCUACACCCCGGAGGCCUGUCUGCAGCUCAGGGAGGACUUCCACGCCCAGGUGAGGGCGGCCUGCCAGCGGAGGAGCCUGGGCUCCGUUAGCCUAAAGAUCUCCAAAGCGGUCGUGGUGGGAGACCUCUGUGUUGGAAAAACAAGCCUUAUCAACAGGUUUUGUAAAGAGGCUUUUGACCGGGAUUACAAGGCAACCAUUGGCGUGGAUUUUGAAAUUGAGCGUUUUGAGAUCGCUGGGGUGCCCUACAAUCUUCAGAUAUGGGACACGGCCGGCCAGGAGAAGUUCAAGUGCAUCGCCUCUGCCUACUACAGAGGAGCGGAAGUGAUUAUCACAGUUUUCGACUUGGCUGACAUCCAGACCUUGGAUCACACCAAACGGUGGCUGGAGGAGGCCCUGCAGGAGAACCGCCCUGGCUCCAGCUUUGUGUUUCUGGUGGGAACCAAGAAGGAUCUCCUGUCCAAUGCAGAGAGCGAGCGGACAGAGCGGGAUGCCGUCCGUCUGGCCAACGAGAUGCAGGCGGAGUAUUGGUCCGUCUCGGCCAAAACAGGGGAAAAUGUCAAGGACUUUUUUUUCCGGGUCGCUGCCUUGGCCUUUGAGCGGUCUGUGCUGAUGGAGCUGGAGAAGAGCUGCAACCGGCCGGUGCCAAUCGGCACAGGAGACUUCAUCAGGAUAGAAGAAAACGUGGUGUCUUCACAUGGAUCUCGUCCAUCCAACCUGAACUGCUGCUAAUGGCCGACAGUCAGCCGGAGCUCCCAGUGGACACACUGCAGGCUGCCCCCCUCACUCUUGGACAAGCGGGAAACCACUGGAUCUCGGAGAAGCCCAGGAGUGAGGCAGAGCCAAUCCCCACCUCUGCUGCUCCCAAAGCCCUGCUGAGCCAUGGAGGCUCCCUUGCAGGAAAGCCCGGCCCAGCUCCCUCUCCCCGGAAACUCUCCUCGUGCUCCAGAUGCGAAGCGUUCGCUUCCUGGUUACCUGCAGAUGGUAGAAACAGACCACGGCUGCUGACUGGAUUAAUUCAGGGCAACAGCCCCAAACCAGGUGAACCUUCCUGGCAGCCGCAAAGUCUACUGGAGCUGGACUUCUAGUUAAACCUUAACCAUGACUAAUAGCUGCUAAAACCAGCAGGAGGAAUUUGUACUUUAAAAGGAGGAUAUCUGGAGGGAGAAAAGCUGAUAAUCCCUGACUGUCUCCUAUUUAGGGCCCUUCUAGUGGACUCCGGGCACCAGAGCGUCUUGCGCUGAAUUGUUUGAAUUACUUGUUAGCUUUGCUUAGAAUUGCUGCCAGAGCAACUCCUGUAAAAACAAAACUUUGUUUUCAUGUCCAUCGUAGAAUUAAAGGCUGUGCUGGAGGGCCCAGAA